CGAUUCGAGUGGUCGUACGUGUCGGUCGUUUACACGGACUCGGAGUACGGGGACCACGGAUACGAGACGCUGACCUCGUUGGCUGGCGAGUACUCGAUAUGCUUCAGCGCCCCCCAUCGAAUCAGCGACGAUCGCUUCACCGAGGAGGAUUACGACCACGUGAUCCGCACGAUCGCCGAGAAGACGGACGUUCGAGUGGUGGUCUUGUUCGCGGAGAAGUCGGCGACUCUGCGGGUGCUGGAGGCGGCGAGGCGAGUCGGGGUGGGCUCGCGGUUCGUUUGGCUGGGCAGCGACUCGUGGCCGGAUCGUCGGUACGCCGGCAGCGGCAGCGGCGGCGACGACGACGAGGACGACGACAAGGGCCGGGACACGAUCGUGCUGGAGGGAGCUCUGGCGGUUCAGCCGCUGUACGCGCCUCUCUCGGGCUUCGACGAGUACUUUACCGGACUGAGGCUCGACCACGAACGCAACAAUCCUUGGUUUCGAGAGUUUUGGCGGGCCUAUCACGGUUGCACGAACGACGACAGUGGCGAAAAAGUCGCUGCCGGCAAGCGCGUCUAUCACUGUCGAGACCCGAGGUUGAAGAUCGAGCGGAGAAACGGCUACAAGCAGCGAAGGUUCCUGCACUUUGUUCGGGACGCGGUGUACGCGGUGGCUCACGCUCUCGACGACAUGCGAGCGGACGUGUGCGGCCGAGGCUCGGUCGGCCUCUGCGACGCGAUGCGUCCCCCGGACGAGGACGCGUUCGCCGACGUGGUCGGCAACGGAUUCGGCUUCGUGGACGGGGUCGACGGACCACCGAGGUACUCGAUCCUGAAUUAUCAGCGGACGGCGAACGGGACGUACCACUGGACCGUCGUUGGGAAUUACACGCUGAACGAGGGAGGGGGAGCGGAGUUGCGGUUGGAUCGGGAGAGGUUGCGAUUUCGGGGCGAGCUGCUCCAUCACGAGUUCCCCAACUCGUCGUGUUCCCGGCCGCAGUGCGGCUCGAAUCGCAUCGUCGUGAGGAGGAAGGAGGAUCCGUGUUGCUGGACGUGCCAGAGCUGCGGCCUCUACCGGUACAAGGUGGACGAGCAGCGGUGCGCCGAGUGCAAGCCAGGCACCGUGCCGGCGAGGGGAAACGCCACCGCCGGCUGCGAUCCCAUCCCCGAGCAGUUUGUCGACUACUCGAAUCCAUGGGCGAUCGUCGCGAUGGCGAUCGCGAUUUUCGGUAAUCAAUCUGUCUGCUAGCAACGUGGUGGUGUUAGC